AUGGCACUAGUAGCCCUCCUCGUCCUGGCAGUCUCGCUUGCCUGGCCGGCGUCGAGCCAGAGUCUGCCGGUUCUUGUUCCGGUGACCAAGGACCCCGCCACCUCCCUCUACACGCUCCCGUUCCACUACGGCGCCAACCUCGUCGUCGACAUCGCCGGCCCGCUCGUCUGGUCCACGUGCCAGCCCGGCCGCCUGCCGGCCAAGUUCCCGUGCACGUUGCCCACCUGCCGCCUCGCCAACGCCUACCCCGUCCCGGGCUGCCAUGAGCCAGGCUGCGAGCAGGACAGGCGCAAGGACGGCACCUGCACGGCGUACACGUACAACCCGGUCACCGGCGUGUGCGCCUCCGGGAGCCUCGACCGUACCAGGAUCGUGGCCAACACCACCGACGGGAGUAACCCGGUGAGCCAGGUGAACGUGAGGGCAGUGGCGGCGUGCGCGCCGGAGACGCUGCUGGCGUCCCUGCCCCGGGGCUCCACAGGCGUGGCCGGGCUCGCGGGCUCCGGCCUGGCGCUGCCGGCGCAGUCGCUGGAGUACACGCCGCUGGUCCAAAGGAAUGAAAAUCCGGCGUACAGCGUCUUGGUCAAGUCCAUCGCCAUGGACAACACGCGUGUGUCAGUCCCGGACAGCGCGCUCGCCACCGGCGGCGUGGUGCUCAGCACGAUGGUGCCCUACACCACGCUACGGCGCGACGUGUACCGCCCGUUCGUGGACGCGUUCGCCAAGGCUGUAGUGGCGCAGAGCCGGCAUGGCUGGCCCGUGGCGCGAGCGGUGAAGCCCGUGGCUCCGUUCGAGCUGUGCUACGAUUCGGGGACGCUGGUCAGCGGGCGGGGCGGCUAUUUCGUGCCGGGCGUCACGUUGACGCUGGACGGCGGGAAGAACUGGACGAUGUUCGGGGGUGGCUCGAUGCUGAACGUGGAGCCGGGGACAGCGUGCCUUGCGUUCGUGGAGAUGAAGGGAGUGAAGGCCGGAGACGGCAGGGCGCCGGCGGUGCUCAUCGGAGGGUUCCAGAUGGAGAACUUCCUGCUGGAGUUCGAUAUGGAGAAGAAGCAGCUCGGGUUCUUCAGGCUGCCGUUCUACGCGCCCUGCGGCCAAUUCAAUUUCACUAGGAGCGCCUAG